UCUCCUUCAUAAAACCAACCAACAAACCUCCCCCUCUCUCUCUCUCUCUUCCGAUUUUAUAAUAAUAAUAAUAAUACCUAAAAAUUUUUAUCACUUGUUUCUCUCUGGAAUCUUCUGCUCGGCGGAACUUCCACCGUCACCUUUUUUUCCGGCGAUCUCCCGACCACUUCUCUUUCUCUCUCUUACUCUCCAACAGGGCUACAACGUAGUCCUAUGCGACUUCAAUAUAUACGAGGCAAUAUUGUGUUUUCAAAAAAUUAAGAUUUCCAGUUGUUAAACUCCAACCCGCUGUUGUAACUUUAUAGUAGGAGACACGGGCUGGUGUAUAAAAUGCCGAAUUACAAUCUUCUCAUUCUUUAUUGGUAGCAGCAGAAAAGGUUGAAGCUUGAAACUUUACCAUCGAUUUCCAGUUGUUAAACUCCCACCCGCUGUAGUAAUUUAUAUAUUAGGAGACACGGGCCGCUGUAUAAUAUGCCGAAUUACAAUCUUCUCAUUCUUUAUUGGUAGCAGAAGAAAAGAUUGAAGCUUGCAGCUUUACCAUCGAAUCUGCUAAUAUUAGCAGAAAGGAAAGGAUUAUCUAGACCUUUCAAAUAUGGCUACUACGUCUGCAAGGUGGAUUGAUGGUUUAAAGUUCUCGUCAUUGUUUUGGCCUCCCCCACUAGAUACACAGCAACGGAAGGCACAAAUCACUGCAUAUGUUGAUUACUUUGGUCAGUUUACAUCGGAGCAAUUUCCUGAAGAUAUAGCUGAGCUGGUUCGCCAUCGUUAUCCAUCACAGGAAAAACGCCUGUUUGAUGAUGUCUUAGCAACAUUCGUUCUUCAUCAUCCAGAGCAUGGACACACUGUCAUUCUUCCAAUAAUUUCAUGCAUCAUUGAUGGUACGGUGGAGUAUGAUAGGAGCACUCCUCCAUUUGCUUCGUUCAUUUCGCUAUUCUGCCCAAAUGAUAAUAACGAGUAUUCUGAACAGUGGGCGCUUGCAUGUGGAGAGAUAUUAAGAGUUUUAACUCAUUACAACCGGCCGAUUUUUAAGGCCGAACAUCAGCAUAAUGUAACAGAUAGAAGCAUCAGUGGCAGUCAAGCUUCAACAAGUAACAGUCAAGCUCAAGCUUCAACAAGUAACUCUCUUGAUGGUAAAACUUCGUCACCAUCUUCACAGAAGGAGGUGAAACCAUUGAGGCCUUUGUCUCCAUGGAUUACUGAUAUCUUGCUAGCUGCCCCUUUAGGUAUCAGAAGUGACUACUUCCGCUGGUGUGGUGGUGUCAUGGGAAAAUAUGCUGCAGGGGAACUCAAGCCUCCAUCAGUUGUCAUGGCUUCUUCUCGUGGAUCUGGAAAGCAUCCGCAACUAAUCCCAUCAACUCCUAGGUGGGCCGUUGCUAAUGGUGCUGGUGUAAUAUUGAGCGUUUGUGAUGAAGAAGUAGCUCGUUAUGAGACUGCUACUCUGACUGCGGCUGCUGUUCCUGCUCUUUUACUUCCCCCACCAACAACAUCCAUGGAUGAACACCUUGUUGCAGGACUUCCAGCUCUAGAGCCAUAUGCAAGAUUGUUUCAUAGGUAUUAUGCAAUUGCCAGUCCAAGUGCCACUCAAAGAGUUCUUCUUGGACUUCUAGAAGCACCACCAUCAUGGGCUCCAGAUGCUCUUGAUGCCGCUGUUCAACUUGUUGAGCUACUUAGAGCCGCUGAAGACUAUGCAUCUGGCAUGAGGCUUCCAAGAAACUGGAUGCAUUUGCAUUUCUUGCGUGCAAUUGGAACAGCAAUGUCCAUGAGAGCUGGCAUUGCAGCAGAUGCUGCAGCUGCUUUACUUUUUCGGAUAUUGUCCCAGCCUGCUUUGCUUUUCCCUCCUCUGACACAAGUUGAAGGAGUUGAAGCUCAGAAUGAAUCUUUGAGUGGUUACCAAUUACACCAUAAAAAGCAGAGAGAAAUACCAACAACCGAAGCAACCAUUGAAGCCACUGCCCAAGGGAUUGCCUCAAUGCUUUGUUCACACGGACCCGAAGUUGAAUGGAGAAUAUGUACCAUAUGGGAGGCUGCUUACGGCUUAAUUCCUUUAAGCUCUUCUAUUAUUGACCUUCCUGAAAUUAUCGUAGCAGCACCUUUACAACCCCCUGUACUAUCAUGGAAUCUAUACUUGCCUCUUCUUAAAGUUCUCGAGUAUCUUCCUAGAGGAAGCCCAUCGGAAGCUUGCCUUAUGAAAAUAUUUGUGGCUACAGUUGAAGCAAUUCUUGAACGAACAUUUCCAGCAGGCUCAUUAUUUGACCAAACAAAAAGCGUUUCUGGAUCAGCAUCUAAAAAUAUUGCAGUGGCUGAGCUUCGCACAAUGGUUCACUCUUUAUUUUUGGAAUCGUGUGCCACUGUCGAGCUUGCUUCUCGACUACUUUUUGUUGUAUUAACCGUGUGCGUCAGUCAUGAAGCACGUCCGCAUAGCAGUAAGAGGCCACGGGAUGAAGAUGGUGAAAAAUCGGGGGUUAAAGGUAAAAGGACGAAUAAGCAAGGACCUCUUUCAGCUUUCGAUUCUUAUGUUCUAGCUGCAGUAUGCGCUCUUGCUUGUGAACUUCAAAUUUUUCCAAUGAUUUCCAAAGUGGGUAAGCAUUCAAACGUACAGGAUGUGAAGGGUGUUGUCUCCUGCAAUGAUUUUCAGAGUAGUAUUGACUCUGCAGUUUGUCAUACCCGUCGAAUGUUGACUAUUUUAGAAGCGCUAUUUUCCUUGAAGCCUUCUUCUGUUGGUACCUCAUGGGGCUAUAGUUCAAAUGAGAUUGUGGCUGCUGCUAUGGUUGCAGCUCAUAUUUCGGAACUCUUUAGGCAAUCAAAGGCAUGUAUGCGUGCUCUCUCUGUAUUAAUGCGGUGCAAGUGGGAUAACCCUAUUCAUACUACAGCAUCUUCACUAUAUAACUUGAUUGAUAUACACAGUAAAACCGUUGCAUCGAUCGUCAACAAGGCAGAACCACGGGAAGCCCAUCUACUAAUUGCACCUCUUUGGAAAGAUUCUCUUUUGUGCCCAAAUGGUAAAAGACAAAAUAAAGGCAUAAGUGUCAAUUCAAGAUCCAUACGCACAUGUGAGGAAGCUUCCAGCUCGUCCGAGGCUCCAGGAAAAGGAAUACCGAGUUUCCCUUCUAAUGCUUCUGAGUUGGCCAAUUUCCUCACAAUGGAUAGACAUAUUGGGUUUAAUUGCAGUUCACGAAUAUUACUAAACUCGGUGUUGACUGAGAAACAAGAAUUAUGUUUCUCGGUUGUCUCAUUACUCUGGCACAAGUUGAUUGCAUCACCUGAAACACAAGUUAGUGCAGAAAGCACUUCUGCUCAACAAGGAUGGAGACAGGUGGUUGAUGCACUAUGCAAUGUGGUGUCAGCAUCACCAACAAAGGCUGCAACUGCUGUUGUCCUUCAGGCUGAGAGAGAAUUGCAGCCUUGGAUCGCGAAAGAUGAUGAUCAUGGCCAAAAGAUGUGGACAAUCAACCAACGGAUUGUUAAGCUGAUUGUUGAGCUAAUGAGAAAUCACAAUACCCCGGAGUCAUUAGUAAUAGUUACUAGUGCGUUAGACCUCCUCCUUCGUGCCACGGAUGGCAUGCUGGUUGACGGAGAAGCAUGUACUUUACCACAGCUGGAGCUUUUGGAAGCAGCAGCUAGAGCGGUUCAACCGGUGCUUGAGUGGGGAGAGUCCGGAAUGGCAGUUGCAGAUGGUCUCUCAAAUCUUCUUAAGUGUCGCUUGCCUGCUACGGUGCACUGCCUUUCUCACCCGAGUGCUCAUGUCCGUGCCCUUAGCACAUCAGUCCUUAGAGCUGUUUUGCAUGUGGGCUUGAUCAACCCAGGUGGUGCACCAAGUGCCACAUGUGGUCCAGCCUAUCAGUAUCUAAACGUUGAUGUUAUCGACUGGGAGGCAGAUGUAGGUAAGUGUCUAACAUGGGAAGCUCAUAGUCGACUUUCAACAGGAAUGCCAAUUCAGUAUCUCAAUACCGCUGCUAAAGAAUUGGGAUGCCCGAUAUCCAUCUAACUGCUAAACCCUUUUCCUCCCAGCUUACUUAAAUUUUCUACAGAUUAACGUAUGCUGGUUCUGCUUGUAAUGAUGAUUGGUGUAUAGUAAAACGUAAUAUAGGUAAACUAUUAGAAUUUGUGUUUGUAUGAAAAUUGGGAUGAAUGAAACCAUACAAUGAUAUGAUGAGAUGUUUAGUUGUAAUCUGGAUGUAUAUUUACGUUUUUGACUAGUUGAACAAUUGAUUAUCAGAGUUGUUAUAGUUCUUUCA